AUGAUUAGUAUUCUAUCCUGGAAUAUAAGGAGUGUAAGAACUCAAAGUGCGUUUGCAAGACUCAAAACCCUCAAAAAUCAAUACAACCUCUCAUUUAUUGGUCUUCAGGAGCCUAUAGUAAAGGCUGAACAUUUACCAAAAUAUAUGAGAAGCAUAGAUAUGCAAGGUUGCUAUUCAAAUAUCAACAACAAAAUUUGGUUAUUUUGGAAUAAUGACUAUACAGUUUCUAUUAUCAAUGAUACUGAACAACAAGUGACUUGCAAAGUUAUUCAAACUGACAAUGGUGAAGUUUUCUACAUUACCACAGUGUAUGCUAAAUGUAGAUCUCAUCUUAGGAAUCAACUAUGGGAGGAAAUUAAUAUUUUGUCUCAGAAUAUUAAUGGACCAUGGUGUACAAUGGGUGAUUUCAAUGUUAUUGCAGUAGCUGAGGAAAAAGAAGGUGGAUCUCCUCAUAGAAUAGAGAGGAGUUUUGAUUUUAUUCACUGCUUGGAAUCUAGUGGUUUACAAGAUGCUGGUUUCUCUGGGAAUCCUUUUACUUGGUGCAACAAUAGAGGUGCCCCGGAUACUAUUUGGAAAAGAUUGGACAGGUUCCUCUAUAAUGUGGAGUGGUUUGAAAAAUAUGGUUUUAAUACUGUGACUCACUUGGCAAGGGCAUGUUCUGAUCAUGUUCCUCUUCUUAUUCAAUUCAGUGUCACAGAGGAGCCAUAUUUCCUGGAGGUUGUAAAAGAAGUUUGGGAUGAAGAAUGCCAAGGUAACCCCUUGUGGAUUCUGCAUCAAAAGCUGAAGAAAACUGCUUCUAGGCUUAGCAGAUGGUCCAGGGAGACCUUUGGUAAUAUUCAUGAAAAUCCUAAGAAAUGGGAAAGUGAUAUUAUGGCUCUGGAGCAAAAAUUACUAGAGGAUAAUAAUGAAGGAAACAGGACUAACCUUAGCAGGACCAAAGCUGGUUAUAUUCAAUACCUCAAAAAUCAAGAAAGCAUUUUGAAACAAAAGGCAAGGGUGAAUUGGCUGAAAGAAGGAGAUUCCAAUAGUGCAUAUUUUCACAAGGUUAUCAAAGAUAGAAGAAGGAGAUUGUGCAUUAAUAAGAUCCAAGAUGAGCAUCUCCAAUGGGUGGAGGGUACUCAAAGAGUAGCAGAAGCUGCAGUCAGAUAUUUUCAAGGUGUUUUCUGCCAAAUUCCUGCACCAAAUGAUUUCUCUGAGCUAAAGGUGGUUGACCAUGUUAUUUCACCAGAAGUAAACCAGGCUUUAACUGAAUUUCCUGAUGAGGAGGAAAUUAAGAAUUGUGUGUUUAACAUGGAUCCUGAUAGUGCCUCAGGUCCGGAUGGAUUUUCAGCCAAAUUUUAUCAAAGUUGUUGGUCUAUUAUAUCUCAUGAAGUGGUUCAGGCUAUGGAGGCUUUCUUUUGUGGAGCAAAUUUACCAAAAUGGCUCACACAUACUUGCAUAGUGAUGUUGCCUAAGGUCUCAUCUCCACAACAAUUUUUAGAUAUCAGACCAAUUAGUCUAUGCAAUGUCAUUAGUAAGAUCUUUGCAAAAGUUCUGAGCACCAGACUCAACAAUAUAUUGCCUAGUAUAAUAAGCACUAAUCAGAGUGGUUUUAUCAAAGGAAGAUCUAUUACAGAAAACAUUCUUCUAGCCCAAGAGAUUAUUCAAGAUAUUGAGAAAGCUGAUGAAAAAGGAAAUGUGGUCUCUUUGAAAUUGGACAUGGACAAAGCAUAUGACAGAGUGUCUUGGCCAUACUUAUGCAUUCUAAUGAGAAAGAUGGGUUUCUGUGAGCUGUGGAUUGAUUUGAUUUACAAGCAUAUAUCAAGCAACUGGUACUCUCUGAUUAUCAAUGGCACUAGACAAGGUUUCUUCAAAUCAGAAAGAGGAUUAAGACAGGGAGACCCUAUUUCCCCAUCUCUUUUUGUUAUUUGUGCAGAAUUCCUUUCAAAAAAAUUAAACAAACUAAAUGGCAAUGCUGAUUUUAAAGGUUUUUAUAUGAACAAAAAAGGUCCUAAAAUUAAUCAUUUAGCCUUUGCUGAUGACAUUAUUCUAUUUUCCAGUGGGUGCAGGAAAUCUCUGAUGCUGUUGAUGGAAACACUUCAAACUUAUGAAGAAGUGUCUGGUCAGCUGAUAAACAGGCAUAAAUCUUCAGUUUCUCUAGCAAGUAAUGUAGAACAAGGAGCAAUCAACAGGGUGGAAUUGAUCACUGGAAUGGUUCACAAGAACUUUCCAAUAAAAUACUUGGGAUGCCCAUUAUUCAAUGGAAGGAAGAAUGCAGCAGUUUUUUCUGAAAUGAUGAACAGAGUUUUAAGCAAAAUCAAUGGAUGGCACACUAGAUUCUUGUCAAGUGGUGGAAAAGCAGUGUUAAUAAGACAUGUUUUAUUAGCACUACCAAUUCACAUGUUAGCAGCAGUGCAUCCACCAAAGAGUGUGAUGAACCAAAUGGAGAAGAUGCUCAACAAAUUCUUUUGGGGAGGAUCAGAGGAGAAGAACAAUUAUCACUGGUCAUCAUGGGAUAACAUGUGUUAUCCUUAUGAAGAAGGAGGAGCUAAAUUCAGGAAAAUUCAAGACACUUGUAAUGCUUUUACCACCAAACAGUGGUGGAAUCUGAGAACAGGUCAAUCCCUAUGGAAAGAUUUCAUGUUGAACAAGUAUUGCCAAAGGAUCCAUCCUGUAGUGAAAAGAUGGUAUUCAGGGAAUUCUCAUUCAUGGAAUGCUAUGUGUAAGAUCAAGAGGAAGAUGGAUAAUCAUAUCCUAUGGAAGAUAGGGAAAGGUGACAUUGCAAUCUGGUAUGACAACUGGACAAGCCUUGGAGCCUUAGUGAAUUACCUUCCAGAAGAUAGAAAACCAAGGAAUCAAAAACUUUCUGAAGUUCUGGUUAAUGGUCAAUGGAGAUGGGGAGGAUGGGAUUUGCUACUGCCUAAUGAGGUAUUACAAACUAUCCAAGAUAUGCAUAUCAGUUUGGACAAUAGCAAAAUGGAUAGACCAUUAUGGACAGCUGAAGAAAAUGGCAAAUUCUCAGUCUUCUCAGCAUGGCAAAUCCUAAGAAAUAGGAGAGAAAGAAACUGGAUGGAUACCAUGACUUGGCAAAAAAGGGUUCCUUUUAAAAUGAACUUCAUGGUUUGGAGGAUUUUAAGAGAUAGGGUUCCAGUGGAUGCAAGAAUAGCAAAGAUGGGAAUUAAUAUCCCAUCAAAAUGCAUAUGCUGCAGAAUUCCUCAAAAUGAAGAGUUGGAUCAUCUUUUCUAUGCAGGACAAUUUGCUACUGAAAUAUGGAGUAUAUUAUGUGGUCCAGUGGGGAUUCCUUUUACUAACAAAUCUUACAGGCAAUUAAUCACCACCUGGUGGCAAUGGAAGUUCAAGAAUCCUAUUCAAACUCUAAUAGGGAGAAUCAUUCCUUCUAUCACUACUUGGGAAAUCUGGAGAACUAGAUGUGGAGCAAAGUAUGGCAAAGAAAGGCCUAAUAUUAAAAUUUCAUUGGAAAAGAUAGCAUUUAUCAUUGCUCAAGUUGUACAGGGACAGUUCAAAAGCAUUCAUCCAGAACCAGACUGGUACAAGAUAAUUCAAAUCAUGGAGUUCAAAUUCAGCUGCAGGACCACUACUAUGGUUAAAUGGAUCAAGCCUCCUAAUAGCUUUGUAAAGAUUAACUCUGAUGGGAGUUGUAAAGAUGGACAAUGUGGAGGUGGAGAAAGUGACUCAAAAAUCUUGGUGGAUAGUGUCAAUGAAGCAAUUUCUAUUCCAUGGAGGAUGAUCAAGGAAGUGGAAGAGCUGAGGCAGUAUAUAGAACAAACUGGUUUUAUCAUGCAACAUUGCUACCGAGAAGGGAACAAAGUUGCAGAUAAAUUGGCGGCUCUAAGCCAUGGCAACACUAACAAUCAAACAUACUAUGUAUAUGAAGAUCUCCCUAACCAAGUUAAGGGACUAAUGACUCUAGACAGAUGGAGCCUACCAGCUUUUCGUACAGUCAAGAAAGCAAGAAGCAACAUCAAAUAUGAUCCUCCAUGA